CUUUAGUUCUAUGAUUGCGUCAUGUAAACGUAUAGAUAUACGAGGUAGCUUCAUAUAAAAUGAAAAUCAUUACAUUAUUUGCAUACUGAUGGUGAUUUUCAUAACGUUUAAGUGAACAUUUUCGAAUUGGAGAAGUUUUUGUUUAUCUUAACCUUUUCUUUUGACAGGGAUAACCUAAAGCUUUUUGUUAGUCCUGGCACCAUUUUUGUUUCACCUCAGCCUAUAAAAAUGGACAUUCUUAUUCAAUUGCCUUUUUUUUAUUCAUAUUUCUUAUGAUCUUAUAAUGAUUUAAGAAUGAUGUUGUUUUUUGCUUGUGAUUAGGUUAUGUUGAUGUUUUGAUUGGGAAAGCCAUUACCUAAAAACUUUUUGACAGAAUCCCUAUUGCUACCUAAGAAUCCAUUUGAUAGUAACAGGCAUGGAGGACAUCAUAAAAUAGUGAAGAAUGGACGGGGUCAGCGGAUUUUCCCUUCAUUGGGAGGAUGAGGAUGUGAAGCAAGAAUCUGUGGUUGAAGCAGAGCAAGAAGUAAUCCUAGGAACUGAGUAUAGUACAAUGACUUCUGAAGAAAUGAUAGAGCAUACAGACCAAAUGGCAGCAGAAAAUCUGAUGUACUUAUCACAAGACAUAGUGAACUACACAGAGGCAGUAGAAAUUGAUCCGAAUGUUGAGUGUGUCACAGAAGAGGUCAUAACUGAUGACUGGGUCAUAUCUGGAGGCCAGGAAAGAGUGGAAGUUCCCUUGGAGCACUUGGUGAAUCCUGUGUCUAAUGUACAUGAAGAAAACAACAUUGAUGAUGUGCCAUUGCCAACUGACCAGGACGAGUACACAGCGAUGCGGCCGUGGCCUUGCGACUUCUGUUCGCGGCGGUUCCGCAAGAAGGCAGCGCUGAUGAACCACAUGGUGGCGCACCAGAACGACCGCCCGCACGCGUGCAAUCUGUGCGGCGUGCGCUACGUGCGCAAGUGCGACCUCAUGAACCACCUCAAGGUGCACGCCUUCGUGCCCGACUCGCAUGAUCCUGUCGACUAUGAAGAAUUAUUAGACGAACGGAUUAUCAAGCCAAAGAAAAAAAGGGGACGACGAAAAAAGAUCCCAGAGCCAGUUGAGAAUGGCGUAUGGGAGAACAUGACGUCUGCGCGGACGCAGCAGUGGUCGCGGCGACGAUCGGGCGCGCGCCCCGCGGCCGCCGCGUCGCCGCCCGCCCCUCCCGCCCCGCCCUCCCCGCCGACGCCGCCCACCCCGCCAACGCCCGCGGACCCCUCGCGGCCCUUCGUCUGCGGACACUGCGGCGUUGGAUUCGCGAGGGAGAAGGCGUUACAGUCACAUUCCCGGAUCCACGGCGGCGACUCCCCGAUAGAGUGCGGCGAGUGCGGCGAGCUGUGCUGGUCGCGCGAGGCGCUGGCGGCGCACGCGGCGCUCCGCCACCCGCACCUGCCGCCGCGCUCCCCGCCCCGCUCGCCGCCCCGCCGUCUGCCCGCCGGGGACUCCGCAUCAGACGACGACGACUUCCGGUUGUCGCCGCUAGCGCAGAGCGGGUCGGAGCGCGUGGGCGCGGAGUCGGUCCGCGGCCCGUCGCUGUUCUGCCAGCACUGCGGCGUCGCCUUCCAGCGCGCGGACCUGCUGCGGAGGCACGUGGCCGCCGCUCACAGCUACAAGCGCCACGACAGCACAAGCAGCACAUGGGGCGAGCACACUUGCGACGUCUGCGGCGAGACUUGUACGGACGCGCUACAACUACUCGCCCACGCGGAGCUACACACCGAGCGCGUGCGGAUGCCCGCUACCAGAUUAAAAAAAAUGUCACGAGGAAGAAACAACAGCAUGUCGUCAAAUAAUUUACGUCAGUUCCCGUGCAAGGAAUGCGGCAAAGUGUUCGGUUCUCGCAGCUCUCAGCAGAUCCACAUCCGCAUCCACACGGGCGAGCGGCCGUACGCGUGCCGCUUCUGCUGGAAGGCGUUCGCGGACGGCGGCACGCUGCGCAAGCACGAGCGGAUACACACUGGCGAGAAGCCGUACGCGUGCGCAGUGUGCCCGCGCGCAUUCAACCAGCGCGUGGUGCUGCGCGAGCACGUGCGCUCGCACCACUCCGCGCCCGACCGCCGCGUCGCCGGUGGUCCCUCAUAUUGCUGCGUGGUGUGUGAACAAACUCUUCUGUCGAGUGCGGAGUUAGUGCAACACUUGAUACAACAUUGUGACGUUAACACCGCUCUCAAAAGACAACCGCAGGCGGGUCCCCGGAAAUAUAAGCGGCGGCGAAAAGUGAAGCCUGAACGGUGGUCUCGCUCGCGCUCGGCGUCGCCGGCGUCCUCCCCCGCCCCGCCCUCCCCCUCCCCGCCGCCACCCUCCUCCCCGCCGCCCUCGCCGCCGCCGCGCCGCCGCCGCCGCCCUCGCGCCCCGCCGCCCCGCCCCCGCAUGAUCCACACCGCGGAAGAGCCACGGCCCAGGACUAAGCAGAUCCGGACCCGGCGGCCGCCGCGGCACCCGGCCGACGACCUCCUCGCGAUCCGGAGCACGCGGCGCAGUCGCUCGCCCUCCCCCUCCCCCUCCCCCUCCCCCGAACACCAACUGAUACCAAAGACAGAGCCCGACAGCGUCAAGCGCGAGCGCAGCGUGUCCCCCGCCAGCGACGGGCCCUACAAGUGUGAGAUGUGCUCACUAGAGUUCCCACGUAGAGAUGCUCUGUUACUACACGUGCCGGUACACAUCUGACAGCCGACAAAAACUAAGAAACGUAGAGCCAAAAAACGCUAUAAAACUAAAAGGCGUCAUUAAACAUAAAGAUUCAAAGCACUUAAAACUGCAAUAUUGUAAAGAGAAAAAACCUGAUUCCAAUUGGUCGAGAUUGGUUGAUAAACACCCAGUGUUGCCAGCCCUCAUUUAUUUUCUUCACUUUAUUAACAGACUGUAGCUCUUUCUCGCUCUUAAUUUACUUUACAAAAACUCAUUUUAUGAGAUCGAGCGAUACAUUUAUAUGUGGUGUUACUUAGUGCAUUAAUGGUUUAAAGAAUUCUGUUUGACAUAUGAACUAUGAAUUAAGUCUAGAAUGUUUAUUGUAAUAGCGCUUAAUUAAGCACGAUUCCUACCGUUAAUGUUGUCACUUGAAUUGUGUAUGCAAAUAAUAAUUUUACAAAGAUUAUAAGUUAGGAGGAGGAAUGGUUGAACUAUUCUAUGGGAAGGCAUGUUAAAUUACAUGUAUUCGAUUUACACGGGUGUUACAAAUAAAAUAUAUUUAUCUAAUAAUAAUACAAUGUCACGUGCUAUAGAGUCUCCAAUUUGUAGCCCUUUCCCUUGAUUGACAUUUACAAUCUGAGCGGAUGGAGAAGCAGAUGACAUAUUCUAUAUUUUUCUUCCACUCCGAGACCAAUAUGGAAGACUCAAUUGAUGAAAACGUAAAAAAAUAUUUAUUAUCAGUUAUCCGAUGUAGAUGAAUCUCUGUGAACCGUGAAUACCGGUUUCCCUAUUUCAUUCCUUUAAGAUUGUAAAUCUAGUAAAAUUAAUCCAAAGCCGAUAAAGAUGUUGUAAUUGAUAUAUUAUGUAGAAUUGUAGAUUGUAUAAUUGGGAUUACCCAAUAAUCAAGCCGAGUUUAUCUGUAUAAAUGUCUGUCGUCUGUCGCGAUACACGCCUGUGUGGUUAGUUUAUGAAACCUUAUAUUUAUGUACUGUGCAUUUGUGAUAGUUGAAUAAUUUGAAUUAUAAAAUUAUUGUUGAUUUCUGUGCUUAGUGACUAUACAGUUCCACGGUAUCGUCAAUUUUGUAUAUAAAUAAAUCUUGUACUUUUUAAUGGAGGCUGGGUGCACUGAAAGGUAGUUUAAAUUUCUCAAAAUGUUAUAAUUUGCAACAAUACUUUAAGUAUGAUCAACUUGUGGAUCUCCUAGAAUCUUGUUCUCAUUAGAUCAUCAGAAAUUUGCGGAGUCGAUUAUAAUAUCAGCAUAUACAAUACAUACUGACUUGUGUGACAUACACGAUUAGAUGAAUUAAUUUUAUGAUAUCGACUUGCAUGAUUCACAUUCAGAUGCAUUCAUCAAGUGUAGCCAAAUAGUUUUGCUACCUCUUUUGUGUACUUAGUAUGUUUGUUUUUCUUUGUAAAGGCCUAGUUAAUGUUGGAUAUAAAUAGCUUGUAUCCACAGUCAAGUAGAACUCUCACAACCGCUGAACGUAAGUCCAGCUUAGUUUAAGUGUUGUCGGUAGUACUAAGACAACAAGAAUUAGUAUUUGAUUGCAUUGUAUUUUUACUAAUUGACUGACUUAUCGAUUAGUAUUCUGUAUGUUAAUUGUUAUAUUAGAUAUAAAGAUGUACAUAAUAUGUAUAACGUAUGUGACCAUAGUGUUUCUUGGUUUAGUACAAAUACUGUGUUUUUGUGUCAUGUACAGUUUAUGUGAUAACAUGUCGGUUUUAAUAGAGACAUAAAUGUGGCGAAAGUUGAUCGUGUCUUAUAGAUUACACGCAUUGAAUCUUGCUGGAAGGAUGUUUGCUAAGUAUAUCAAGAAACAUGAAUGCCAAAUUCUACUAAUAUUCAAGCCUACGUUUUGUUCUUACUCUUACAUAUUUUUUAAUACUUGCAGCAGAAAGUUGUAUUAACUAAAUUAUCAAAGUUCAAAUAAUCGAUUAGUUCGUUUAUAUUCAUUUUAAUUAAUUCUCAAAUCUAAUAUGUUUUACUGGAAUAUUUUAAUAAUGUGAUUUGUACUUGCCAUUGUGUCCAUGAUUAAAAUAAUUAUUUGUAAUUAUGUCAACAAACCAUAAUGCAUUUGUUUUAAUAUAUAAGAAACUAAAUCUAAAUUCACAAUACAGAACAAAGCAAAGUUAUUAUGAUGUAUGAUUAAAAACAGUACAUUGUUUCUUUUUUAAAUUUCCAAUUAAUUUGAGACAUGAACUUGUAAUACUUUGUAGUGCAAAACAUUCCCCAAUCUGCAAAUGUGAUACUUUAUUGACAAGUUUGUUUUCUAAUGUAUCCUGUACUGUGACUAUUGUAAUACUGUUGUUAAAAUUGAAUUUGGUUGCAAUAUUUGGUACCAAUUCACUAGAUUGAACAUUGAAUGUUAUUCACAAAAGCUGAAUGUUUUCUACAUUUAAUUAUAAGUUAUCAAGUUAAAGAUAUGCCAAAAAAUCUACUGAACAGAGAUGGGUUUCACAGGCAUAAACCAUCUUUGUAAUGUAAUUACAUUACAAACCAAUGUCAACCUAAAUUAUACAUAAUAAAUACAUUAAUUAGAAAUUAACGUUAUUAUGAUUUUCAGGGUUUUGCGACUUUAUUUCGCCUUAAGUUGCUUUGCCAUACCACAUUUUUUCCAUCAAUGUCAGAAAUUGUUCUGAAUGUCAGUUAAUGUUCUGAAUCAGAGUUAUUUCAAAUAUUCUGUGUAUGGACUUUUUAUAACUUUUACAAUGUUUGUUUUAAUAAUUGUUUUAUAUUGAGACGUUUUAUAUGGUUUUCAUCUAUUUAUGUGGUAAGGGCUUCCAGAUUACAAAUCACUUUAUUUCUUAUUUCAUCUGUACUUUCGUUCACAUUGUAUGGUCAACUGUACAGAUACACAUCACCUAUUCUAUGUAAAUAUUGUCGUCUAUUCAAUAAAAAUAUAAUAAAGCAGUCCCAAUUUGA